AUGGAUAACAAUGGUGAGCUUGCAGGAUUUGAGUUAGAGGUUGUCAAAACAACAUCUGCUGGUCAUGCUAGGAAACUUGCAGCCAGUGUUGAUUUCAGUACUUGUCCUGAUGGUAUUAUAUGUGUAAGAGGUGAUGGUAUUGUAAAUGAGGUUCUGAAUGGUUUACUUAGUAGAGACAACCAGAAAGAGGCUAUUUCAAUCCCAAUUGGAAUCAUACCUACUGGUUCUGAUAAUUCUUUAGUUUGGACUGUUCUUGGGGUCAGAAAUCCGGUAUCUGCGGCAAUAGCAAUAGUUAAGAUGUCUCAAGAAGAAGAGAAGAUGUUACGCCAGCAGCGAAUUCGUCAGCUUGCUCAAUCCGCCAUGCGCUUGCAGCAGGCUGUGAAGGAGGAGCGGGUUGAGGACGUGACAAGUACAUGUACUGGUGCCACGACAUCAACAUCAGCAGAUACAACAACGAUUGUUUCACGUGGGACCACCCAUGGCGAUACAUCAGGAGUUGGCAAUUCUGGGUCUGAACAGUCUGCGGUAGGGAGCUAUGACAAUGACGGUUUAAUUGAGAUUGAGGUGCGCCCAGAUGGUAGCAUUUUUUGGCCGAGUAGUGCCACACGGAAAUUACGUCCGAUAUUCACAACAAAAAUUAGCCCCAAGGGCUACACGUGGACAGAUGUACCGCUAGCGACACAGCAGUUCUACGAAGAGGAAAUGAAGAAAUACAUUAAGUGGAAACCCGAACACCAUGAGGUUGUGCACUCUUACUAUAAUCAAAAGGCCUGUGAAACAUACAACCACUGGUUGUAUGAAAUACGCCAUGAAAUUCAUUCGGGAAAAGAAAAGCUCAGCAAAAGAGUUCCCGCCAUUGUGCUCCAAAAAUGGAAGGAGGAAUGGACCUCCCAGAAUGCCAGUAAGAAGUUGGUGACAGCAAACUCCAACAGACGAGGCGGUAAUCCGAGCGGUCCUGCUGAGGCCACGCACAUCGGCGGGUCUCGAUCAUUCAUGGAGACUUCACAUAAAAUGGGUUUCGAGAAAUGGGACACAUAUGAGUGGACACAUACGAGGCACCACGAUGGAAAGAAUUAUUGCAGUACGAAGGCAGCCCGACUAAAAGAAGGCAUGGAUGUUAUCGAGGAAGGUAUGUCUCAAUUUGGUGAUACACAGUAUAACCGUGAUGAUGCCUUACUUUCCUUGGUGCAUCGGGAUAAGAAGAAGAGGAUAUUUGGGCUUGGAUCGCUAGCAUCGACAGUGCCACCGUACCGUAACUUAUUCACUAGUGAUGGUCGUACACCUAGCACUUCUACGACUGACGACCGGCUAGCGCGCUUGGAGGAACGAUUUGAUCGUUUUGAAAAUUACGCCCUAACGAUCAUGCAACAACUUGAGAGGAUGAAUGCCCGACCAGACCGCUGCGACCCCGACGGCGAUUCAGGUGCGCCACCUGUUUGUUGAUUUUUGUACCAAGUAUUUGAACUUUAAUAAUUUACGGAUUUACUAUUUCAAAUAUACGGUUAUGUUUACUUCUUUUUUGUGGUAUCCAUCGAUUAUGGAACUAUGGUUUUAAACAUCGUAUGAUUUGAUCGUAUUUUGUU